CCAACACAAACCAAGUAAAAGCAAUGAGGCGAACUUAAAACAAACAAAUGUGGCAAAACCCGCGCGUAAUUAGAUUCGAUUUUUACAGUAACUGACAUUAGGGUUCAGGCGAAGGCAGGGCGGAGGCGGAGAAAAUGGAAGCAGAAGAAGGUCGGUGCAAGCUAUGGCUACCGAAGAAGAACAGGUACUGCGCGAAUUCCCCCCUCCCAUCUUCACCGUUCUGCGGAAACCACACCAAAAGAUCCGACGGCCAGUGGAUUCCAUGUCCGAUCGAUUCUUCUCACUCCGUUCUAAAGGAGAAUCUUCAAAGCCACCUGAAGCGGUGUCCGCUCCUGAAACAAGCUCAAUCUCUCUCUCUCCAGCCUUUCUACCAGAAGGGCGUCAACGCCGGCGCGGACAUCGAGUCCAUCAAUGGAGUUUCCAGCCUCACAUCGGAAAUGAAGCGGAAAUCUGUGUAUUCCAUGUCCGUUGCUCAAUUCUCCGAAUUGAUCGCCAAAAUCAGGUCCGUUCAUGCUUCGAUCUGUAAUUCCGUUCCCGAUUCCUUCAAAAUUUCUCAAGCUUGUAGGGUUUGGAUCGACCUCCAGGCCGAUUCCAAGUUGCCGUUUGAAGAAAAGCAUGUUUUGCAGCAGGCCUCGAUCUUAGGGAAUCUGGAAGAUUCAGGAGUUCUGAAUCGCCCUGGCGAUGAUCUUCCUGCUGUUGUUGAAUUUGGUGCUGGAAGGGGUUAUCUGACCCAAUUACUGGCAGACUGUUACAGAUUCAAAAAGGUCGUGUUCAUCGAGCGCAAACCCUACAAGCUGAAGGCAGAUAGGAGCCUGAGACAGAAGGAAGGGUUAACUUUGGAACGAUUGAGGAUCGACAUUGAAGACCUAAACCUAAAAGCUGUCGAAUCUUUACACGGAGUCGACUAUUUGGCCAUCGGGAAACAUCUUUGCGGGCCCGCGACAGACAUGACAUUGACAUGUUGCAAUAACGACCCGGUCGGCUUAGCCAUAGCCACAUGCUGCCAUCAUCUCUGCCAAUGGAGGCACUAUGUGAGCAAGGAAUGCAUGUUGAGUUUGGGCAUCAGCAUGGAAGAUUUCAAUGCUUUGACAUGGUUUACCAGCUGGGCAGUCGACGCGGACCAUGGGUCGGAUUUGGAUGGAACCCAUUUCAGAAUCAGUGAUGAAAUGGCGGAUGAUCCUUGGGGAGUUGAAGGAAUAUGCAGGAAUAUGAAGGCUGUGGAUAGGGCUGCUUUAGGGUUCAUGUGCAAAGAUAUAAUCGACGCGGGGAGGGUGGACUGGCUCAAGAAAAUCGGAUUCGAAUGCGAGUUCGUUAGGUAUGUGCCCUCUUCCAUCUCCCCUGAAAACCAUUUGUUGGUGGCCUGGAAAAGGGACUGAUGAUAUGAAUCCUUUCUACUGCUCUAUAUCAUCGCUUCAUCAUUCGUUUCUGUUCCAUGGGGAUUUGCCAUGUUUCUUCCUGUCUGGAGAAAUUUGUGUCAAAUGGAAGAAGAAAGCCAUUACUCAUUAGGACUUCUGCAUUUUCUUCAUUCAAAAUCAUCAAACUUUCUGCAGAAUCCCCCAAGAUAAAGGGUGUGGAAAGAAGAAAAAAGCCAAUUUGCUCUGCAGGGAGCAAGAGAGGACACUAAUCUUGAUCUUCUGCUAGAUCAGUUUAUUUGUCCUAAUUGAUUCUUUUUAGUCGAGUUUGACUAAGUUUGAUCCUCAAGUAAAUAAGAAUCAUUCUCUGUUGCAUUAGUACAAUUUUGACAUUUUCCAAUCAAAUUAGACCAGGUUU